AUGCUGCCCGCUGCCGAUGACUGCGAUGACUGCCUACCGAACCACCUCAAGCGGCGCGAGUUGUCCACCAUAGCGAUAUCCUCCCUGCCUUUCGUCCUCACCUUCCUCAUCGUCGCCACGGCAGUCCUCCAGAAGCUGUUCCCGCUGCUCUCUGGAUCCGCGUCACCCAAAGACCACCAUGAACACCAGCUACCCACCCACUUCAGCUUCCGGGAAGCGUCUGCUUCCGCAAAGAAGAACCUGAUUUCGAAGCCCUCCGUGAAGCGCUUAGCUGGGUUUGCCUUCUCCACCAAUAUUGCGUUGUCCGCGGUUCUGGUCGAGCUCAUCCUCUGCGAGAUCUCGAAUGCGCUCAACCCAGCGGCGCGCAGCCUGGCCCUUAAGGUCACGCUGUCCUCGCUCCUCUUCCUCCUCAUCCUGGCUACGCCGGCGCUGGAACUGCACUCGGUUAUCUCCGCCGCUGGCUGGCGGUUCGGGAACAAUGGCGGCAGCAGUAGGAAGAGGCGGUUCCUAAGCGCAGCCUGGGCCCUUGAGACACUGGGGCUCGCAAUAUGGCUGCUGGCUUUCUGGUACAUUGGCAGUGGGCUACUUGGGUCGUACCUCCACGAGCCGUCAUAUCAGAGGCGGCAUAGCUUUACUGAGGGAUGCCUGGAGAGGAUCGGGGUUAUUGGGAUUUCGCUGAUGGCUUCGUUGGCGGGCUUUGCGGCUGUCAGCUCGCUAUGGCAGACUUUCGGUAGCAAGGCACGGCUGGUAUCAGAAGCAGACAUCGCGCGCAAGCAAGCUGGCCUAGAGGCAACAACCUCAAUGCUCGAAGCCAAACGCAGCCGCAUGCGAGCUCUAGAGCGGAAGCUCUCCGAAACACCCUCCGAAGGCUUCAUGACACGCGUAAUCGGCUCCAUACGCGGCAAUGCCGACACACAAGAGCGACAAGCGCUCCAAUUCGAGAUCUCUGGUCUUGAAACUAUGCGCAGCGCCCUGCACAACUCACUCCUCUCCCUGCGCUCCCGACGCACCACCCAACUCCGCUCCCGCACCGCCAUCGGCAGGUGCUUCAACAUCUUCCAGUACGGCUUCUCACUUUACUGCGCCUACCGUAUUAUCACCACUUCCCUCGCCUUAUCCCGCCGCCUCCUCUUCAGUCACAACCAGAGCCUCGCCUCCUCCGACCCCGUCAACAACGUCCUCGCCCUCCUCGCAAAGCACUGGGAUCCGACUCUCGACCGCGCGGCCUGGAGCCGCCAGAUCAGCUUCCUGCUGUCCGGCGUCAUGCUGCUGGCCUCGUUCAACUCCGUCCUGCAGACCUGUCUGCUGUUCGCGCGCUUCGUGCCGAGUGUCAUGGCGCAUGCGCAGGCGAACCUGGCGCUCAUUGUCAGCCAGGUUGCGGGGACUUAUGUUAUUAGUAGCGCGUUGUUGCUGAGGAGCAAUCUCCCGAAAGAGGUUAGUAGCGUUAUCUCAGAGGCGCUUGGGGCGCCGCUUGAGCCGGUGUUUGUGGAGAGGUGGUUUGAGGGCUGGUUUCUGGUUGCGAGCGUGCUGACGGCGGUGGGGAUUUGGGUUGGGAGGAGAGUCGGGAGCGGUGAUUGGGAUGAUGAUGAGGAGUUUGGUGGGACGGACGUAGAGAUGGGGAAGAUGAGUUGA